AUGCCCAUUCAAUUCACCGUUUUCAAGGGUUCCAAAGACGGAACUAUCGUUGAGGCGAAGACUCAACGACCCGACCUCGCUCGCGAUGACGUCCUGGUGCGCGUCACCCAUUCUGGUGUCUGUGGCACCGACCUGCACUACCGGACUACUGAGAUGGCUCUCGGUCACGAGGGCACGGGUGUUGUCGAGGCGACUGGUCCUGAUGCCCACAUCCUCAAGGUGGGCGACCGUGUUGGCUGGGGAUAUGAGCACGAUUGCUGCGGCCAUUGCAAGUACUGCCUGACUGGCUGGGAGACCAUGUGCUCCGAGCGCAAGAUGUACGGUAUGGCAGAUCUUGACCAGGGAUCCUUCGCCUCGCACGCUGUCUGGCGUGAGAGCUUCUUGUUCAAGAUCCCCGAGGGUGUCACAAAUGAGGACGCUGGUCCCCUGAUGUGCGGUGGAUCCACUGUGUUCAACGCACUCCACGUUGCUGGCGUCAAGUCCACGGCUCGGGUGGGUAUUGUUGGCGUCGGCGGACUUGGUCACUUGGCGAUCCAAUUUGCCGCCAAGAUGGGUUGCCAAGUGGUCGUCUUCUCUGGCACCGACAGUAAGAAGGAGGAGGCCAUGAAGCUGGGGGCUCGCGAGUUCUAUGCCACCAAGGGUGUCAAGGAGUUGAAGCUGGAGAAACCCAUUGACAAUUUGAUUGUGACCACCAGUGCCCAGCCCGACUGGAACAUGUACAUCAACGUGAUGGCCCCCAACGGCGUGAUUUCUCCCAUCUCCGUGGACGAAGGUGACUUGAAGAUCCCCUAUAUGGGUCUGCUGUUGCACGGUCUCCGUGUCCAGGGAGGCAUUGUUUCCGCUCGUCAGGUGCAUCGUGAUAUGCUUGAUUUCGCUGCUACGCACCAGAUCAAACCUAUCAAAAUGACCUUCCCCAUGACUGUGGACGGGGUGCGAGAUAGCCUGAAGACCCUGGAGGAAGGCAAGAUGCGUUACCGCGGCGUUCUCGUCGCCGAAAAUCAGAACUAG